GUGAAACCAGGAAAACCACCUGCGGAAAAAACAGUAGAACAUCGAGUGCACAGAUAACUGGCAGAUGGUGUUUGAUUUCAGGUUCUCGGUGAAAUGCAGCAAAAGCCAAACGAGAGGAAGGCCCUACUUUGCACAGAUAUCGGUCGGCCAUGUGGAGUGGCUCUCCUCCAGCUGGCUUUCCAUUGCCCACGCUGCGGGGAGCGGCAGCGGUUCCGGAGCCUGUCCUCUCUGAAGGUGCAUCUGGACUACAGUCGCCUCUACUACACUGCGGACGACUUCAGCCCCGUCUCCAGGCAGGAUCUGGGAGACGUGCUGCUCAACCACAAGAAAGCGAGGGACGCGGACUGCACGGAGAACUGCAAAAGCUCGCCCGUGAAGAAGCAGGUGCCGGCGGGCUCCACGGGGAGAGGGGGCGUUAAAUUUAAGGCAGACGCUGGCUUGAGGAGCCCUCAGGGUCCCAGCGAUGGGGUUACAGAGGAGGGCCCGGAAGACAGGUGCGCGGUUGAGCCGGCGGGCUGCAAGCCGACCCAGUCGGCCACCGCUGAGGCCUGCAUGCAACAGAGGCUGGAGGAGACACUGAGGUCAGAGGACAGCCCUAUCGAGAGGAGGCUCCAGGAGGUGAGCAUGGAGCUGCUGCAGAAGGAGGCGGAACUCCUGCACGUGCACGCCCGUUCCCGGCACCUGGCCCAGGAGAAGCAGGAAGUGUUCGAGCGAGAGCGCGCCCUCUGCCGGCAGGUGGACGCGGCGGUGAUGGUGAUUGGUUCCCUGAGGGAGCACCUGCGAGAGUCUGAGAGAGAGCUGGAGAGGAAGGAACAGGAAGUUAUCACAAUCCAUAACUUUCUGGAAGCGGCCGCCCAGCAGGAGAUGUGUGGGAAAGUUCGGCUUCAGCGCUUCAUUGAGAAUCUCUUGCGACGGAUAGCACUGGCGGAGAUGCUUUUGGAAUACUAUCAAAGUGGCUCCGGUCAGACAGCCUGCCAGAAUCACACUACAUUUCACACAGCUGAAAAUGAGUAUCCCGGCAUGACUGAAAGCUGGUUCAGUGAAGGCCCUGAUCCACCAGCUGCUGACCUGGAGACUACAGGACUCCCUGCCCAGAAAGGAUGGUGUCUCAGCAAAACCUCCAGAGGGAGACUGGGGUCCAGGGAGAGCUGCAGUCACUCGGACCAGGUGAGCGACAUGUGGGAUCGGCGCAGGACAUCGGAGGUGUACGAGGAUUAAAGUAACCCCUAAUCAGCGUUUAUUGAAUGUACCCAUAGCUUUGCUGUUGUUGCUGCCCAUAAACCACCCCCCCGGUGUGAAUUGAAAUAUGCAUUCAAGCGUUCAGGCAUUCAAGAUUGCACAGAAGAAGCACUAGGGGGUUUUUUGAAGGUGAUAUCAUCAGAUAGUUGAAGGGUAGGCUCUCUAACUGAAGGGUGCUCAUUUGAAACUCUGAACAAGCAUGCAGGGGCUUGCAGGUCUGUCUCUCUUUUUCUGCCCCCCCCCAAAAAAAAAAUUCAAAUUAUUGCCAUGACAAAUUAUUGGCAAGCAUUGUUGCCAAGGCAUACAAUAACAGAUAAAACACAAAGACAAAUUUCACCUCCUCAGACAUAAGAUACAGAGACAUACAUGUACAUGUUCAAACUUGACACACAAAUAUGAAUUUGAAAAUAAUGUUUAAUGAACUGGUCUUAAACUGUGAGUGUGAGGUGGUUACAUAUUUGUGUUGCCAGUUUUACACAUGCUCACUCACUCUCAGGAGUGAUUUCUGGUGGUUGCUGUGCAAGUUUUUUUUUUCUCUUCUGUCCUCUUUCAUGUUUGGCACAUAAUGAGGUCUAAUGAACCUGUCAGAGAAACUGGUCAGUGCUCUUCAAGGCCUAAUGCAUACAUACUGCAAAGCACA